CUUGCACAUCACUCGACUUUUAUUUCUACUUUUUAUACGUUAUCUUCUUUUUUAUUUCAAACUUUUUCGCUCAUUUGCGGCUCCUCGACUGUCGUCAUCUACUCUACUCCGUAUCGUCAGCUAUACACAAUGAGCGACAAGAAGCGCAAGAACGACCCCGAGGAGGCCGUCCAGCCUGAGGGCAAGAAGGCGAGAAAGGAAGAAAAGAAGGAGAAGAAAGAGAAGAAGGAGCGCAAGGAGAAGGCGCAGGAUGUCGUUGAGGAAGUGAAGGAGGAGAAGAAGGAGAAGAAAGAAAAGAAAGACAAGAAGGAGAAAAAAGAGAAGAAGGUGAAGGCUGAGGAGCAGGAGGAGCAGGAGCCGGAGCCGAAGGAGGAGAAGGCGGAAAAGAAAGCGAAGAAGGAGAAAAAAGAGAAGAAAGACAAGAAAGAGAAGAAGGAAAAGCGCGACGUGAACGGCUCCGAAGAGCAGCAGCAAGAAGCCCCCGACGCGGACGCAAUGGACGUUGACGAGCAACAAGAACAACCGGCCAAGGAGAAGAAGUCGAAGAAGGACAAGAAAUCGAAAAAGGAGAAGAAGGAAAAGACCUCCGACGAGCAGGAACAAGAAGAGCCGACGGCUGGAUCGCAACCCGCUGAGAAGCAGAACCGAUUCAUUGUCUUCGUUGGUAGGUCUACCAAUAUUCAAAACACUGUCGCAAUCCAUGUCUUACCCUCUAACUUCUUCCCAGGAAACCUCCCCUACUCGGCCAACGCGGAGUCCCUGAAGAACCAUUUCGCGAAGAACCCGCCCGCCUCGGUGCGCGUGGCCACGGAGAAAGAGAAGCCCACCAAGUGUCGCGGCUUCGGCUUUAUCGAGUUCGACCAUUUCGAUCGCAUGAAGACCUGUCUGAAACUGUACCAUCACUCUAUGUUCGACGACGGAAAGUACCCGCCUCGACGGAUCAAUGUUGAACUGACGUACGUCCUCCCCUCUGCCUUUCCUUUCCGUUUAUACCUUUUCGGUUGCAUUGCAUACCCUUACGGUGUCACCGGUCCAAUUUAAUCCCCCACUAACGCACAACGUCUUUCCUGCAGGGCCGGCGGCGGAGGUAAAUCGAACCACCGCAAAGCCAAGAUCGAAGCCAAGAACAAGAAGCUGGCCGAGGAGCGCCAAAACAGCCUGCACAAGGAGAAGGAGCGCAAGACGC